AUGAUCCUUUUCUUCAAAGCUGAUGAUCCGUCUGCAAACGGAAUCAAUUUUCACAGGGAUUUCCUUCCCCGUGGAUCUGGCAUUGUCACCAGACGCCCCCUGGUCCUGCAACUGGUUAAUGCCAACACAGAAUAUGGAGAAUUUUUGCACUGCAAAGGGAAGAAAUUUACUGACUUUGAGGAGAUACGUCAGGAGAUCGAAGCAGAGACUGACAGAGUUACUGGAUCCAACAAAGGCAUUUCUCCAGUCCCAAUCAACCUGCGAGUCUACUCCCCCCACGUCUUGUGUUUGACCUUGGUGGAUCUACCUGGGAUGACUAAAGUUCCAGUUGGAGACCAGCCACCUGACAUUGAAACCCAGAUCCGCGACAUGCUCAUGCAGUUUGUCACCAAAGAGAACUGCCUCAUCCUAGCGGUUUCGCCAGCCAAUUCCGAUCUGGCCAACUCAGAUGCUCUCAAGAUUGCAAAAGAAGUCGAUCCCCAAGGCCAACGUACGAUUGGAGUCAUCACCAAACUGGAUCUCAUGGACGAAGGCACGGAUGCUCGGGAUGUUCUAGAGAACAAGCUGCUUCCACUACGGAGAGGUUACAUCGGAGUGGUCAAUAGAAGUCAGAAGGAUAUUGAUGGAAAGAAGGACAUUUCAGCUGCUCUGGCUGCAGAGAGGAAGUUCUUUCUGUCUCACCCAGCAUAUAGGCACAUGGCUGAUCGCAUGGGCACCCCCUUCCUGCAGAAAACACUGAACCAGCAAUUGACCAAUCACAUUCGAGACACACUGCCAGGCCUGCGGAACAAACUCCAAAGCCAGCUCCUUUCCAUUGAAAAAGAAGUGGACGAGUAUAAGAAUUUCCGCCCGGAUGACCCUGCCCGCAAGACCAAAGCUUUGCUUCAGAUGGUUCAACAGUUUGCUGUGGACUUCGAGAAACGCAUUGAAGGCUCUGGGGAUCAGAUUGAUACCUAUGAGCUGUCUGGAGGUGCUAGGAUCAACCGUAUCUUCCAUGAACGAUUCCCCUUUGAGCUGGUGAAGAUGGAAUUUGAUGAGAAGGAGCUCCGUCGAGAGAUCAGCUACGCCAUCAAGAAUAUCCAUGGUAUCAGAACGGGUCUCUUCACCCCUGACCUCGCUUUUGAAGCCAUAGUGAAAAAGCAGGUGCAGAAACUGAAGGAGCCGUGUCUGAAGUGUGUGGAUAUGGUAGUGAGUGAGCUCACAUCCACCAUCAGAAAGUGUAGCGAAAAGCUCAGCCAGUACCCCCACCUGCGUGAGGAAAUGGAGAGAAUUGUUACAACCCAUAUUCGUGACCGAGAAGGCAGGACCAAGGACCAGGUCAUGCUGCUGAUAGACAUCGAGCUGGCCUACAUGAAUACAAACCAUGAAGAUUUCAUUGGAUUUGCCAAUGCUCAGCAGAGAAGCAGCCAGAUGAGCAAGAAGAAAGCAGCCGGUAAUCAGGAUGAGAUCCUGGUGAUCCGCAAGGGCUGGCUCACCAUCAACAACAUUGGCAUCAUGAAGGGUGGCGCUAAAGAGUACUGGUUUGUCCUGACAGCGGAGAACCUCUCGUGGUACAAGGAUGACGAG